AUGCGCCUAGCGAGGCUAUUGGUGUUUUCCGCUUUGGCGGCGCGCGCUGGGGGCGCCGAGGCGGAGGCGGACUGGUUCCCUCGCUGGGCCUCAUUCGCAAGCGAACAUACCCCGUACAUCCAUUCCCGAGGCUACCAGACGCUCCGAACCUCGGGGUCGACCGGUGCAGCCGCCGCGGCGGUUCUAGAGAUAGUUAAAGAGGAUCGGCGGAAAAGAGGCGACGCGACGCCGGUCACGGUUCUCUUCCCAAAUAAGACAAUACUGGAGAUGCCGCUCGACGGCGAUCAGGUCGACACAUUGCCAGACGGUACGUCGCUCAUAUUCGACAGCAAGGCCUUCAAGUUGGGAGAGUUUUCCACCGUUCUCGCGCGAUGGCACGACCUCUCCGAAAAGGACACCGAGCGGAUCGUGUGGUUCGCCGCGAGCGGAGGCCCGUGGACCAUCAGGGCGGCCACGAUCCUCGUGCCGCUGCGCGUCGUGGCGCUGCGCAUUUACCAAAUCCUUGCGCGGGAACAAAUAGAGGCGGAAGCGUUGCCGCUACUCACGGUCGACGAUCUAUGUGGUGUCGGCGUUCCGGCCGACGACGCCCGCAGAAUCGUCGCCGCGGCCUCCGCAUCGGCGAGCGGCGGCGCGGCGGCGACGUCCGGAGGCGACCACCCGGAAAGCCUGUGCUGUCCUAUAUCUAUGGAGCUCAUGGAGUGCCCGGUCAUCGCCGCGGACGGCAAUACGUAUGAUCGGAGUAGUAUCGAGGACUGGUUCUCGCGCGGCAAAAAGACGUCUCCGCUGACCGGUGCCCCGCUCGCCCACCUCGGCCUCACGCCGAACAACCUCGUGCGGUCGAUGGUGUCGGAGUAUCGCGAUGCUGCUUCGCGGCGGGCGUGA